AUGGAUAGAGCUUUCAGAAUGAAUCUCGCAACACAUGGAGAAAAUUGCUCGGAUCUGUCUUGCCCGCUGCCAAUGUGCGUAAAUUGGAGGCUGCAGAAGAGCAGACGUGGGAAUCACCCGCAGAAAGACAAGCAAAGGGGACUUCCCAGGGCAGGUACUAAAAGAAACAGACACGAGCAUUCGCAAACGAGAGAAUUUUUUGAUAAAGAGCGUCACGCUCCAAUUUGUAUAACCGACGAUGGUGAGGAGGGGACGCUUUUGGAGCAGCUGCUUAUUGAUCUCGAAGAAAUACAAAAUGACGUUCAAGGCGCUACUGGAGGUGAUCCAAUGGGUCCUUUAGAGGCUAUCUUGAAUUGGCCCUCUCUUCCUUCUGGCAUGGGUGCCCUUUGCCAUCCCCCAACAAAUCAAGCACACCAGUCCGUAUUUGCUUUUCUACCUUCGGAGCCUUCUAACCCUGCCAACUCAAGAUGUCAACUGCAGGACCCAGAGCAGUUCAUCUCCUUGCAUUCGUACGUCACAAACAAGCCAAACCCACCCCCUUUCACUGCGCCUGGCAUUGCUGUGAUGGAACCCAAAGAACAGCGACAGGGAAAGAUGAGCAUUCUUAGCGAGCAACCAAUGCAAGCUCCCAACAAAUCUUGCAAACUAUUCGGAAUUCUUUCCGAGAUAUUUAAAAUGUUUGAGGAGCCCACGACAGCACAUCUUCACACGAUUUAUGAACAGGUACUACAAAGAGCGCUAGGAGAGAUCAAGAGUGCCUGUAUCGAUCAAUCAAGACGCUUGAGGGGAUAUUAA